AUGGGCGGGGACGCGAAGCGGGACCCAGGGGCGACGGCCACAGACCCCGAGUUCAACUCGACCGCCCAUCCGGGUGUGACCUACCGGCAGGGUUACAGCACCAUCAGCGCGUUCUUCUCGCCCAGCGACAGUUUCCUGCAGCUGGAGCGCGUCGCUCACACGCUCGAGUGCGGCUCCUCCGUCUCUCUGCACCUGCUUCUGUUGCUGAAAGAGAACAGGAGCAGCGCCGGUGACGACCGCGCGGGAGGAGUUGUGCGGCCCGUUAUCAAUGUUCUGGUCAUGUCAAGAGGAAAUAUCAUGCACACGGAGUCAUUCACAAUGGACAACGUGUACCUGGGCAAAACGCAUUCCCAUCACUUUGACCUCAAGGUUAAACACAGCUUCGCGCCGACGGCCCGACUCCUCGCCUGGAUGGUCUUCGGCAACGAGACGGUGGCCGACACGCUCGCCCUGACCGUGCGCAAGUGCUUCCCCAACAAGGUGUCUGUGGGAUUUGAGCAUGAGCAGGAACUUCCGGGAGCCGUGUCCACGCUGUCGAUCCGUGCGUCUCCCGGCUCUCUGUGCGCGCUGCGCGUCGUCGACAAGAGCGUCCUCCUCCUCAAGCCCGAAGCUCAGCUGUCGGCCGAGUCGAUUUUCCAAAGGCUUCAGGUGCAGGACCUCAGUUCCUACGACUACAGAAUCGAGCGGUUGGAUUGCAGCCUGAGAAGUGGUCGAUGGCGCAAACGAUUGUACAGUGAUUGGCUGGAUUAUUUCCCAAAUACCGUGCAUCGGCUGUUCAAGGGCAUGGGCCUGGUGGUUCUGACCGACACUACCGUGAAGAGGUCAGUGGAUUGCCAUAACCGUCAAGAUGACAUCCACUAUUACAGUAAAAUUGUCAACAGCCCACCUCGGGUGUUCGGUGAUCGUGGAAAAAUUCGUCACAUGGAGCAAGAGGGCGAAGAGAUGUUCAAGAUGGUGAAGGAGGCCGUCAGAGAAUAUUUCCCGGAAACGUGGAUCUGGGAUCUCUACCCAGUCAGUGAGCCUGGCUUGGAGCAGGUGGCGGUGAAGGUGCCAGACUCCAUCACCGAGUGGAAGGCCUCGGCGUUCUGCUCGUCGCCGGCGGGUUUCGGCCUCUCCGAGGUCUCCUCGCUCCGAGUCUUCACCCCGUUCUUUGUCGAACCCGUGCUACCCUACUCCGUGGUGCGUGGCGAGACCUUCCCGCUCGCCGUCAGCGUCCACAACUACCUGCACAGCUGCCUCAAGAUCGAGGUGACGCUGCUGGACUCGGAGCACUUUGCGGUGGCCGCGGGAGGCCCCCGUGGUGCCGCGAGUUGUGUGUGCCCUGACAGGAAGGGCCUCUUCAGCUUCCUCAUCGAGCCGCUCUCCCUGGGCACGGUGAACGUGAGCGUGAGGGCGGCGGCGGUGCGCAGUGAGGAGCCCUGCGGGAACGAGGUGGUGGUGGUGCCGGAAGAGGGGGCCGUGGACACGGUGGUGCGGAGUGUCAUCGUCGAGCCGGAGGGGAUUCCAAAGGAGCUUGCAUAUAGCUCCCUGCUGUGCCCCAAAUCGCCAGCGUCCGAGCGCUUCGUCUUCAACCUGUCCCUGCCGGCCAACGUGAUCCUGGGCUCUGCCCGGGCGUACGCCACCAUCGCCGGGGACAUCAUGGGCUCGGCUCUCCAGAACCUGGACAAGCUCCUCACCCUACCGACGGGAUGCGGCGAGCAGAACAUGGUCAAGUUCGCGCCCAACAUUUACAUCCAGGAGUACCUGCAGAACUCCGGGCAGCUGACGGACGCGGUCCGAGACAAAGCGCUCAACUUCCUGCGAGUUGGGUACCAACGGCAGCUGACCUACAAACGUGGCGACCAUUCCUACAGCGCGUUCGGAACGAACGACCCUGAGGGAAACACGUGGCUCACGGCGUUUGUGCUCAAGUCCUUCGUGAGAGCCUCCAAGCACAUCGCCGUCUCCGAGGACCACAUCACCGGGCCGUUCUCCUGGCUCAGAGAGCACCAGAACGCCUCCACCGGCUGCUUCAUCAGCGUCGGACGGCUCUUCAACAACGCCAUGAAGGGAGGAGUGGCGGACGAUGUCUCGCUCACGGCCUACGUCACCGCCGCUCUCCUCGAGUCCAACAUCUCCGGCCCCGUCGUGGAGCGGGCUCUGGGCUGUCUCCGUCCCUACGUGCUCGAGUCCAGCAAUCCGUACCUGCUGGCGCUCGCCUCCUACACCUUCAGCCUCUCCGCAGACGGCGCCACGGCACAGGCACUGCGAGACUCCCUGCUGUCGCGUGCCGUCACCAAAGGCGGGCUCACGCACUGGGAAGAGGCCAAGAAGGAGGAGGACGACGAGGACGACGAGGAGGGGGGCUUCAACUUCCGACGGCCCUACGGCGGGGCCACGUCGGCCGCCGUGGAGACGACGGCGUACGCGCUGCUGAGCCGCCUGGCGGCUCCCCGGCGGCUCGACGCCUCGGCGACGAGCUCCAACAUCGGCGUCGUGCAGUGGCUGAGCAAGCAGCGGAACGCCUACGGGGGGUUCUCGUCCACGCAGGACACAGUAGUUGGCCUGCAAGCCCUGUCGGCCUUUGCCGCCCUGAUGCACAGUGGUGGAGGCGGUGGCGCUGGUGGUGGUGGUGGUGGCGGUAUCAAGGCGGUCGUGCUGGACUCGGCUCGCACUUUGCUCCGGGAGGUCUCCAUCGACGCCACCAACGCCCUAAUCCUGCACCAGGUGCAGCUGCCUCCUCCUGUUCCUGCUCCCCUGGUGUCCUCCUGCAUCGUGGAGGCCACGGGCCAGGGCUGCGUGCUCUUCCAGGUCUCUCUCAAGUACAACGAACCCCCCAAAGCUUCGAAGCCCAAGUUCAGCCUCUCCGUGGCCACCAACCCGGCAAAUUGCUCCAAGGCAGCACGCAAGGGCUUCCAAAUCAACGUGGAAGUCAGCUACCACGGCGAGAGAGGCGAGUCGAACAUGGCCCUCGUGGAGGUGAAGAUGAUCUCCGGGUACAGCCCGGUGAAGUCUUCUCUUAAAGAGCUGCAGAGUUUCUACGACUUCGUGAAGAAGGUCGAGGUGGAUGCAAGCCGCGUGGUCAUUUACCUGGACAAGGUCGAGAAGAAGCCAAUUUUGCUCAAGCUGUCCGUCACUCAAGACAUAGCCGUGGACAACCUGCAACCGGCCACCGUCAGAGUCUACGAUUACUAUGCCACAGAGGAUGCAGCGACGUCCAUGUACAGCGCUCCGUGCACUCACAGCCAGUGAGGCAGCAGCGGUCGCUAGGCAACCAAAGCACAGGAAUCCUCAGCACGUGGCCAGCCAACUCAACGCUGCCCCCACUCUGCGGCUUCUUCCCAUCGUUGCCUCCGAACGUCGCUGUGUGUAGAACGUCGCUGUGUGUAGAACGUCGCUUGUGUGUAGAACGUCGCUUGUGUGUCAAACGUCGCUUGUGUAUUGAACGUCGCUGUGUGUAGAACGUCGCUUGUGUGUAGAACGUCGCUUGUGUGUCAAACGUCGCUUGUGUAUUGAACGUCGCUGUGUGUAGAACGUCGCUUGUGUGUAGAACGUCGCUUGUGUGUCAAACGUCGCUUGUGUAUUGAACGUCGCUGUGUGUAGAACGUCGCUUGUGUGUAGAACGUCGCUUGUGUGUCAAACGUCGCUUGUGUAUUGAACGUCGCUGUGUGUAGAACGUCGCUGUGUAUUGAACGUCGCUGUGAGUCAAACGUCUCUGUGUAUUGAACGUCGCUGUGUAUUGAACGUCGCUUGUGAGUCAAACAUCGCUGUGUAUUGAACUUCACUGUGUAUCAAACGUCGCUGUGUAUUGAACGUCGCUGUGUAUUGAACGUCGCUGUGCGUUGAACGUCUCUGUGUAUUGAACGUCGCUUGUGAGUCAAACGUCGCUGUGUAUUGAACGUCGCUCUGUAUCGAACGUCGUUGUGUAUUGAACGUCGCUUGUGAGUCAAACGUCGCUGUGUAUUGAACGUCGCUUGUGAGUCAAACGUCGCUGUGUAUUGAACGUCGCUGUGUAUUGAACGUCGCUGUGUGUAGAACGUCGCUGUGUAUUGAACGUCGCUGUGUAUUGAACGUCGCUGUGUAUCGAACGUCGCUGUGUAUUGAACGUCGCUGUGUAUAGAACGUCGCUGUGUAUUGAACGUCGCUUGUGAGUCAAACGUCGCUGUGUAUUGAACGUCGCUUGUGAGUCAAACGUCGCUGUGUAUUGAACGUCGCUUGUGAGUCAAACGUCGCUUGUGAGUCAAACGUCGCUGUGUAUCAAACGUCGCUUGUGUGUCAAACGUCGCUGUGUAUUGAACGUCGCUGUGUAUUGAACGUCGCUUGUGAGUCAAACGUCGCUGUGUAUUGAACGUCGCUUGUGAGUCAAACGUCGCUGUGUAUUGAACGUCUCUGUGUAUUGAACGUCGCUGUGUAUUGAACGUCGCUUGUGUAUUGAACGUCGCUUGUGAGUCAAACGUCGCUGUGUAUUGAACGUCGCUUGUGAGUCAAACGUCGCUGUGUAUUGAACCUCGCUGUGUAUUGAACGUCGCUGUGUAUUAAACGUCGCUGUGUGUUGAACGUCACUGUGUGUUGAACGUCGCUGUGUAUUGAACGUCGCUGUGUAUUGAACGUCGCUGUGUAUUGAACGUCGCUUGUGAGUCAAACGUCGCUGUGUAUUGAACGUCGCUGUGCCUUGAACGUCGCUUGUGAGUCAAACGUCGCUGUGUAUUGAACGUCGCUGUGCCUUGAACGUCGCUUGUGAGUCAAACGUCGCUGUGUAUUGAACGUCGCUGUGCCUUGAACGUCGCUUGUGAGUCAAACGUCGCUGUGUAUUGAACGUCGCUGUGUAUCGAACGUCGCUUGUGAGUCAAACAUCGCUGUGUAUUGAACGUCGCUGUGUAUUGAACGUCGCUGUGUAUUGAACAUCGCUGUGUAUUGAACUUCACUGUGUAUUCAACAUCGCUGUGUGUUGAACGUCGCUGUGUAUUGAACGUCGCUGUGUAUCAAACGUCGUUUGUGUAUCGAACGUCGCUUGCGUAUCGAUGUUGCAGGACGUGCAAGCUACCCAAUAAUAAUAAUAAAAACCCCUUUCGGUGCGGCCUGGCCGUAGACGGCCGGGGCCUCGUGAAGGGCGUGUUUGUUUCCGCUUGUUCUUUUACAGCCUCCGUUUGCAUUUUUCGAUUUAAAGCU